AUGAGCAAUCGAUCGUCGCCUUCAUCAGAGAUUCAACCUGCUGUGGCUACAGUCGAACGUACACCUUCCGCGGGAAGCAUCAGGUCUACAUCUUCCACAAAUCAUACACGCAAAGUGAAGGUCAAUGAAACUUUAAUUCAACUAUUAAGGGUACUAUUUUCCACAAUUUAUCUUAUAUAUAUUGUCCUUACUAUCCCUCUCAGUUUUGAGGUUGGCGGGGUCAAUUGUGGAUUGAGUUAUUCUUUGACCAUUUUGAUUUUAUAUUUUUGUCUUGCUACAUUGAGGGUUUUAAAGUAUCACCGUUUCAUAUCGAGUUUCUUAUAUUACUUACAGCAUUUGUUAUUGCCUACAUUGUUAUCCUUUUUUUUAACUGUUUUCAAUGACGACCCAACUGUAAAUUACAAUCAAUCUAUAUUCCAUGAAGUAUGGUGGAUAUACGUUAUCAACUUCUGGAAAUUCUUUUUGAUCAAUUCAACUCCUUUGUUUACCAUUCUGGAAGGUUUCUGUUCUCUUCUCUCUAUUCAAGCGAUUGGUCAACUUUUUAAAUAUUUUAUUAAGAACAAGUCAGAUACAUGGUCAAUUAUAAAUCUCAUUUUGAGCUCGUGCAUUUUAUCCACUAGUAUUUAUUUCGCAGGUAAAAUAUAUGUUUCACCGUUGCUUGAUUUGGAACAUGUGGGCUUGAUAAGCGCAUCACUUCUUGGGUGUGUAUUCACAUUGACAAUUUUAAUUACAUUUUAUGCGAUAUAUUUUAACAGAGCAACUACAUUGGAAAGUUCUUUAAUGGUUGGGUAUAUUGUCAAAUGCUGUUAUGAGUUAUUCCCAGAUUUAUCUGAAACAAACAUAAACUCUCUGUUUAAGUUUGUUUUUAAUGAGUUUGAAAAAAUUGAUAAACAAGCAAAACAAUCUUUUACUAUAAAUGGUACUGAUUUCUUUGGUCAUUUUAAGUGGAUGAAAGUAGUCGAUUUCUUUUCCAGAGUUUGGAAACAUGAAGAUAUAGCUAAUCAUCCAUUAACUACAAAGAUUAACGCCAAACUACCAUAUUUUUCAGAGAAAAUUCUAAAUUUUCUAAAAAUUGUUAAAAAGAACGGAAACUUACUGAUAAAACUCAUUCUGGAACACUUUCCAAGAUCUUUUGAACCAUUGUGGGAUUUUGUCAAAAUUUCAAUAAACAAUUUGACAUUUUCCAUUUUAAUGCAGUUAGCUUAUCGAAUCGGAGUUUUCUUUGCGGCAACAAAAAUCAUACCCAUUUUGUCUCCGGUGAAUAAAGUGCCCAACACUUCAUCACAACCUUCGACUUCAAGUAGACUCAUCUACCUAUAUUCUCCAUGUAUUAUUAUUGCAGUAUACACAAAUUUAAUGAUCCAAUACAACUAUGAAAUUGAUAAAGAAACACAUUUUUUUUCAUGGUUUCAUUAUAAGGUGAUGGAACUGUUACAUUCCUCAUCCACUAUUACCUCAGCGUCACAUGCAAUCACAAAAACUGCUACAAUAACCACUACUGGGACCACUACGGGGAAUAUAGUUUCGUCAGGUAUCAAUUCAUCUGUAUCCCAAAAUCUUUUCAGUUCAAUACAUUCAUGGCAGUUUUGGAAUUGGGUCAACAUUUUUGCUGUAUUGUUGCUGUACUUUUCAGAAUUAGUCAGCUAUGAUCCCGAAGACAGUGCAUUGACAGAUCACUGGAACUAA